UGGAAUCUAAAAAACCCAAUUCGACUCUCUCUGUCUCAAUUUUCAAUUUUGAUCCAACGGUCUAAUUCUCUUCGUCACUCUUGAUUUUCUCGGGAAACCGAAAAGGAAAACAGAGGUGCACAACAACGAAUCCUGACGGAGACGUUUUGAAAUCCAAUAAAGGGUAUUAUUGCUGAAAAUUGUGAUUCUUUUGUUCGAUCGAUGACGUACGGCGAUGGCAUCGAAAAGACGGUGCCUGAGCUGAAAUCGAGAACGGAGGAUCCCGAGAAUGGUGAUUAUCUGAAAUUAAGAGGAGGAUCGGAUGAAGAAGAAGAAGAAGAAGGAUCAUCGGGGGGAUGUUGGAUAGGGUCGCCGACGUCUCUGUGGUUCUGGGUUAAAUUGAUCUCCCUCGUCGCUUGUGUUGGUGUAUUGGCAUUUGUGAUUAUUAAAUGGAUUGCUCCAUUUUUGAUAGAAAAGGAACUGAUUCCAUUUAUAAAAUGGGUGAGAAGCACAUUCAGCAUCCCGGUGCUCGGACUUCUCCUCUUUGCCUCAGUGGCGUUGUUCCCAGCCAUUCUUCUUCCUUCUUCUCCUUCCAUGUGGAUGGCUGGUCUUACCUUUGGUUAUGGGAAAGGGUUUCUCUUGAUUCUAUCUGCAGCCUCGAUCGGUGUUACUCUUCCUUUCCUAAUCGGACAUCUCUUCCUCCACAAGAUGCAAGAAUGGUUGAAGCAAUACCCGAAAAAGGCGGCAAUACUUCGAGCAGCCGGUGAAGGAACCUGGUUUCAUCAGUUUCAAGCAGUCACGUUGAUCCGUGUCUCUCCAUUCCCUUACAUGAUUUACAACUACUGCGCAUUGGCGACUGGAGUUCACUACGGUCCUUACAUCUUAGGCUCUCUUGUUGGAAUGGUUCCUGAGAUGUUUGUCUCAAUCUACACGGGAAUAAUGCUAAGAACGCUAGCUGUUGCUUCGGACGUGAGACACAGCCUUUCGGCCGUGGAGAUAGUAGUGAAUGUUCUUGGUUUCUGUGUAACCGCAAGCGCGACUAUAGUCUGCACAAUCUAUGCGAAGAAGAAGCUAAGCGCAAUGCAAUCUGAAGAAGCAGAGACACCUUAAAGUACACACGCUGCUUGAAGAACUCUUUUCAUCACCAAACGCUUAAAGAGCAAUCACUAAACGUAUCACCAUCUAACACGAUAAGUUGUAUGUAAAACUGAUCAUAUUAUAUAAAUAUAUUUUGUUUUGUUUUGGUUUUUAUUCAUUUGAAAAUGAAUAUAUCUGCUUUUUUCUUGUAUAGAUUAUCAA